GUCUCCCUUUCCCCUAAGCAAGACACUCUCUGUUCUUUCUUCUUGUCUCUAAACUCAGGCCAAUUACAACUGAGAAAAACAACACCUUGGUCAAGAAAACAUAUAUUUUCCUCAGGACACCCUUCACUAUCUCUCUGUCUUCAUUGAAACUAUAUUUUCUGCAUUAGAAGAUUGGAGCUCUAGCCAGUAAAAAACCAUCAGUCACCCACUCGUCUUUGUAUCAGCUAAAACAAUAUGGAACUCCAAAAGCUAUCAAAUGGCCUCCACCAUGGCUUUGUCCCUUUCGAAGAUGGCAUCCCGCAGGCAGAAGAGGAAGAGGAGAUGUUACCACAUAAGAGUGAUGGGACCAAGAAGCCCCAGUUUACCGAUUUUGAGGGAAAAACCUCUUUCGGAAUGUCCGUCUUUAACCUCAGUAACGCCAUCAUGGGGAGUGGAAUUCUGGGAUUGUCAUACGCCAUGUCAAACACAGGCAUCGUUCUCUUUAUAAUCCUGUUGAUAUGUAUCGCCUGUCUGUCCAGCUACUCGGUUCACCUUCUGCUUAAGAGUGCUGGAGUUGUGGGUAUUCGUGCAUAUGAACAGCUGGGUUUCCGUGCUUUUGGACACCCAGGAAAAAUAGCAGCGGGAGUCAUUAUAACCUUUCACAACAUCGGCGCAAUGUCCAGUUACCUCUUCAUUGUGAAGUAUGAGUUGCCUCUGGUCAUUCAAGCCUUCCUGGGCUUGUCAUCGAACACUGGAGAGUGGUUCCUGAACGGGAAUUACCUCAUCCUCAUCGUCAGUGUGUGCAUCAUCCUUCCACUUGCCCUGAUGAGACAAUUGGGGUAUUUGGGUUACACCAGUGGCUUCUCCCUCACCUGCAUGGUCUUCUUCCUUUCCUCGGUCAUAUACAAGAAGUUCAACAUCCCCUGCCCCAUGGUGCCAUAUGGCAGAAAUCACACAACAAUCAUCAACACCACCGUGGAAGAGGGACAGUGCGAAGGCAGAAUGUUCACCAUCAACCAGGAGACGGCGUAUACCAUCCCCAUCUUAGCGUUCGCCUUUGUUUGUCACCCCGAGGUGCUUCCCAUCUACACUGAACUGAAAAAUGCCACCAAGAGGCGUAUGCAGGGUAUUGCUAAUGUGUCCAUCAUGGGCAUGUUCGUCAUGUACCUCCUCACUGCCAUUUUUGGUUACCUCACCUUCUACGUGAACACAGAAUCUGAGCUCCUGCACACCUACAGCAAAGUGGACCCUCUGGACACACUUAUCCUGUGUGUGCGUGUGGCCGUACUGGUGGCAGUCACCCUUACUGUCCCUGUGGUUCUCUUCCCUAUUCGCAGAGCCAUUCUCCAGCUCCUGUUCCCAGCGAAACCCUUCCACUGGGCACGCCACAUCACCAUCGCCCUGUGUCUCCUCUUCGUGGUCAACGUGCUCGUCAUCCUUGUGCCCAACAUCCGAGACAUCUUUGGCAUCAUUGGGGCCACCACUGCACCUAGCCUGAUCUUCAUUCUCCCAGGGUUAUUCUACAUCCGCAUUGUUCCCACUGAACAAGAACCAAUGAAGUCUAGACCAAAGAUCACAGCUGCCUGUUUCACAGCCAUGGGCUUCAUCUUCAUGUCUAUGAGCCUGACAUUCAUCAUCAUCGACUGGACGACCGGAGAGAAACGAGCUGGAGGUGGCCAUUAGAGCACAUCCAUUGACGAUAAGGGUCCAAAUGCCACACAGCAGCACGCCCUGUCGCCGUGCCACUUCGCAAUCCCGUCUGGAUUGUGAGAAGGAUAAAACACCAUCUAAAGGCUGGACCCACAUGAUCAUGAGUCUUACCAUACCACCCCGAUGGUAAGACCAUUUCCCCACCAAUUCAAAUCAAAUGGACAUGCUACACUUCAAUGGAGGCGAGUCUUUGAGGAACCCAGUGAUGUCACUUUCUUUGUGGUAGGAGUUCUAGGCAGUGUCAGAGGAGCUGACGAGGGUGUUGCCUGUAGAAACCCCUAAACCACUACUUGCUGCCUGUGUCAAAAGCCAUUCAAAAAAGUGACAGAGAUAGAGGGGAGGGGUUCAUUUUCUCUAUGCAAGGGGACUUGAUCUCUUGAACAGUCAGUCCUCAGCUACCCAACUGCCAAACAAUUCACCCCAGGUUCGUUUCUCGAUCAAAUAUCGGCUGUGGUUUAAUCAACCAGGUUUAAGGAGAAGAGAAGAAAAUGUUCUUCUAAAAGGGAUUUACUUUUAUGAUAUUACCCUGUCUGUGAACCCCUAGAUUUGGUUGUUGAACAUCAUUUCAGCAAUAUUUGUUGAGGUAAUUGACCGAGAUGUGGGACUGGUAGUGUCCAGUGUUUUUUCCUCAGAAGCUGCAGACCAUUAUAAACCAAAUGAGCCAAGAAUGAUAAAUGAAACACUUUUCUGUAUGGUUUACCUAUUUAUAUUGUAUCAUGUUGCUUCCUGCCAAAUAAUGUAUUGACUCAAAUGUUCCAGUUAUCAUGGAGCAACCAUCUCAUUUCAUCCUUCUGUCGAGUCACUCUUCGAGAUAUUGCAAGUUUGGCCUUGAAAUCUGUUGGACACGAUGUCUUCAAUUUGGUAUCCCAUCUAGUCUUCACCACAAUAUUCAGAACAAUGAAAACACACGUUAUAAAACACACGUUAUAAAACACAUAGUGAACAAAACAACUGUGAACCCAAAAUACUUUGUAGUGUAUAAUUAUCAUACGUUCGUUCUCCUUUUGUGAAAAAAGUUUUAUGCUGGUGUUAUGCAAAUAGGGAAUCCGCAAUAAUGUCUCUGUAUAUUUGACAUCCAACAAAGCAAUGAGGCAAUAAUGAAGAAGCGAGUGCCAAUACAAACUGAAUGAUGACAUUCAGCUGUGUCUUAUUUGACAUGUACAGUCUGUGCAGAUUUUCAGUUCAUGUCACUGCUUAUAAUGAUUUGUAUAGUGGAGACUGAGGUAAAACUAUUGAAUAAUGUCAAAUAUUGACAUAGAAGCAAUAGAUAAUGUGGAGCAAGAGGAUCUCGGAGCCCAUUUGGGUGGCUGAAUGCUUGUUUAGGAAGGACAAGGCUGAGUGUCUUGGAGACAUCGUUCCAAAAAGGUGAUAGCUUUUUGUAAUGUCACCAGCCUGCGGUCUGUUGCUAAGCACAUUUUGUGUUUGACAUGGCACCAUUGUCAAUUAUAUUCUAUUUUCAAUAAAGACGAGUGGUUGUCAGUAUUUAUUGAGACGUCUUUACUGUCAUCUGCAUGCUCUAUGUCUUUUGCUUUUCACAACAUUCAUAAAUGAUUGACAAAUUAAAUUGUAAUUCUCCUUCAGCAUGCAGACAAUAAUAACUCCAACCACAAUCAAGCUUUUAAAGUUAGAUUAUUGGUUAUAGACAUGUAGAUUGGUUUUGGUCCUAAAAUUUACUGGUCAGUAAAACAAACGUUUAGAACUAGGCUGAAAGGAAGGGAGGAGCUAAAUUAAAUUGAUUCCUCAUAAAGAACAUGAGUGACAUCAUUCACACUAGAUAAUAGUGGCACAUAUUUACAGUGCAAUGAGAAAGUAUUCAUUCCCCUUGACUUUUUCCACAUUUUGUUGUGUUACAACCUGAAUUUAAAAUGGAUUAAAUAAAACAUUGUUGUUACUGGCCUCCACACGAUACUCCAUAAUGUCAAAGUGGAAUUAUAUUUUUCUGAAUUUUUACAAAUGAAUAAAAAAUGAAAAGCU